UAUAAACUGUCAUUACGGAAACAAUGUUAAAAUUUUUUUAAAUGUAGUUUUAUUCAAUAUAAAUUUUGAUUUUUUUGAAAUGGAAGAUGAGGAAGAAAUUGAAGUGCCCAUAGAAAAUGAUUUAGAACGAAGAAUCGCCGACGCAUUUUCUGUUUUCGAUCAAUACCAAACCAAAACGAUUGACCUAAAAGAUGUAGCUAGUAUUAUUAGAGGACUAGGUUGCUGCCCCACUGAAGCAGAUAUUCAAGAUAUUAUUUCUGGUCUUAAAAACGCCAAGUGGCCUGGAUGUGUUCAUUUGGUAAACUUUUUACCCAAGGCCUUUACUUUAAUUUCAGAUCACAAAUAUGAACCUGCAUCUCCUGAGCAUCUUCUAGAAGCUUUUCGUGCCUUAGAUCCAAAAGGUUUAGGAUAUCUGACAAAAGACGAAAUGUCAGAAAUAAUGUUGACAGAGGGAGAACCGUUUACUCAAGAUGAACUAGAUGAAAUGUUUGAGAUUGCUGUUGAUCCAUUAACAAACACGAUUAAUUAUGAAUAUUAUAUUAAUCAACUUAUGUAUGAACCCGUUGGAGAAAACAGCGUCUACACUCUUGCAGAUCGAAUUGAGGCUGAAAAACCACCUCCACCACCGCCACAAAGAACAAUGUCUGAUUAUUUCAGAAGAGUUGCUAGUCAAAUGAAUUUAUGAAUCUGAAAAUUUUAUUAAUUAAUAUAUUAUUUAAAUUA